AUAUCGGUUCAGUGUCCUCUAAAAUAUUUAAAUAUCAAAGCUCAAAAAGUAAAUCAGUUGGAAUCUUUUAAUAAUGGCGACCAAUAAUAAAGCAACCGAAGAAGACUGCGAUACAGAAAACCUGAAGUCCGACCAAGAAGAUGCCAAAUCCGGCGGUGCGCUGGAGGCAAAGAUGUCACUGCUCAACGGAAUCACGGUGAUUGUGGGUUCGAUUAUCGGCAGUGGCAUUUUCGUGUCUCCGACCGGCGUGCUGAAGUAUACCGGCUCGGUGAAUGCCAGUCUUAUAGUAUGGAUCGCUUCGGGAGUCUUCAGUAUGAUCGGCGCCUACUGCUAUGCGGAACUGGGCACCAUGAUCCGAGUGAGCGGUGCCGAUUACGCCUACAUCAUGGAGACGUUCGGACCCUUCGCAGCCUUCAUACGACUGUGGAUCGAGUGCAUGAUCGUCAGACCUUGCUCACAGGCAAUAGUGGCGUUAACAUUCAGCGUGUACGUGUUGAAGCCCAUAUUCCCAGAGUGCGACCCGCCUGAAGACGCCACGCGGCUACUGGCAGCUUGUUGUAUAUUACUGCUCACGUUUGUGAACUGCUGGUCGGUGCGUGCCGCGACGCUAGUCCAGGACUGGUUCACUUACGCCAAGCUGCUGGCACUGUUCAUCAUCAUAGCGGCGGGCAUCUAUCAGCUAUGCAGAGGAAAAGUGGAACAUUUCACAUUCGAGGGUACCACAAAUGAUGUGACAUCUAUAGCGCUUUCCUUUUAUUCUGGACUCUUCGCUUAUAACGGAUGGAACUACCUCAACUUCAUCAUCGAAGAGUUAAAGGACCCGGUGCGCAACCUGCCGCGUGCGAUCGCCAUAUCCUGCACCCUCGUCACUGUCGUUUACACCUUCACAAAUGUCGCUUUCUAUACUACGCUGUCACCCACAGAGGUUCUAGGUUCAGCAGCAGUAGCCGUUACCUUUGCUGAGCGUCUUUUCGGCUGGUUCGCUCUCUCGAUACCGCUUUUCGUAGCGGCUUCCACCUUCGGCGCCGUCAACGGAGUGUUGCUAACUUCUUCGAGAUUGUUCUACGCGGGGGCAGCGCAAGGCCAACUGCCGGGCAUGCUGACCAUGGUGACUACCCGCGCAACCCCCGCGCCAGCGGUAUUGGCUGUCGCGUUGCUGUCUUUGCUGUAUCUCACUGUCUCGGACAUAUUCGCGCUGAUCAACUACGUUGGAUUUGCUACUUGGUUAAGCAUAGGAGCGGCGGUUCUCUGUCUGCCGGUACUGCGUUACAAACAGCCAAAUCUAGAACGGCCAAUUAAAGUUAACUUAUUCUUCCCAGUGGUGUACAUAAUCUGCACCAUAGCCGUGGUGGCGUUCCCCGCGUACGCGUCCCCCAGCGAGACCGGCGUGGGUUGCCUGAUGAUCCUGACCGCGGUGCCGGUGUACCUGUUGCUGUUGGAGCCAAGGACGAGGCUGAAGGGGCUAGGCGCCAUCACCGAUGCCGCAACGCGUUUAAUCCAAAAAUUGACGCUAUCCGUUCGACCAAAAAUAAAGUGAACGCCAACCGAUGGACUUACGGAAUAUGCCGCGACAUAUCCGACGACAAAACAUGCAGUAUUGUGUUUAGCAGUUUCGACACGUUAGAUAGAGCUGUGUAUAAUAUAUACAAACAUAUUAUAUAUGUAAAAACGUGUUUGAGUGUAUACAAAUAUACAAAGUGUAAUGUGUAUUGUUAAUUGUAGCGUUAUAUUAAGAUGCAAAUAUUUAUAUUUUAUGUUUGGAAUCCAUCAAUAGCUCCGUAUAUAACGGGAUGAGUUUUUCAUAUUACAUCGACCAACCAGUGAAUUUUGAAUAUCUACAAGAUCUGUGAACAUUUAAAUUUAAAUCCGGUAUAUUAAGAAGCACUCUGCUGGCUCAAGUAUGUAGAACUUUUAGGUAUAAAGGUUUACUCACGAUGUUUUCCUUCACAGUUAAAGCAAGUGAAAUUUAAAAGCUUAAAACGGUCCCCCGAAAGGGAAGCUGAAAUUUUAUUGUCUAGGCUUUCAUCAUCUCUAAAGUUUACUGUAUCACAUUUUGAAUAUUGGUCAAAAUAUUAUAGAUCUGACAGAUUAAAAGUGACUGCCAAUGUAAAGAGAUGAAACUUUCGCCGUGUAGAUCGAUCAUUAUUUUGAAAUUAGUGAGUUUACUUUUGACGUAUUAUUUCUUCAAUGUGAAACUAAGUGUAUUGUAAAUGUAUUGUAUCUACCCAUUUUAUUAGAUGUGAGACGGAAAUGCUUGCCAGUUAAAAAAAAGAUAUUUCUGAUAUUUUAUUAUCUAGGUCUG